CAAGACCAAAAAAAAGAAAAAUGCAAAGAACUUCUCAGAAAGGAUGUUGAUUUGGCGUAGAGGAGGCAAUAUAUAAAUCGGGAAGGACUGAAGGGUGUGUGGGCUUAGACUGCUACCUAGUUCACCGCCACUGCCACCACCGCCACUACGGUCGUUCCUUGCUGUGGCCUUUACUCCUCCCAACUCAACUCAACUGCACCACAGCAACUCCAUUUCUCUCCUCACCACUCCUCAGGGUAUUGAUGGUGGGCUAGGGGUCUGGAUAGGUUAUUGUUUUAUGAACCUACACUGGCUAAUGGCUAUGCAACUGUGUUAUUCAGCUUCUGACUCUUAGUGUUUUUAAGAUCUUUCUGCUCUCUCUCUCCUGAUUCUAUUUAAGUGUUGGACACUGCAGUGUGUAUAGAAAUUGAAGUUGAAUUUGAAUUCUAAGCAACAGUCAAUAUGCAAGGCUUCCCUUCUGAAGGUGAAAAUGCUUUGUCAGUUGUUGGUCCAAAGCCAAUGGAAUGGUCUACUGUUCCAUACAGUGGUCCUCAAGUUCCUGGACCAAAUGGAAAGAAGCGGACAUCAAGUUUGGAAUCGCCAAUCAUGUUGCUGACAGGUCACCAGAGUGCUAUCUAUACCAUGAAGUUCAAUCCAUCAGGAUCAGUCAUUGCGUCUGGAUCUCACGACAGAGAGAUUUUCCUCUGGAAUACGUAUGGGGAAUGCAAGAACUUUAUGGUUCUAAAGGGUCACAAAAAUGCAGUUUUAGACCUUCAUUGGACUACAGAUGGAACUCAGAUAGUUUCUGCCAGCCCUGAUAAAACUCUGAGGGCUUGGGAUGUGGAAACAGGAAAACAAGUUAAAAAGAUGGUAGAGCAUCUUUCAUAUGUCAAUUCAUGUUGUCCUUCGCGGAGGGGUCCACCUCUUGUUGUCAGCGGAUCAGACGAUGGAACUGCUAAACUAUGGGAUAUGCGUCAAAGGGGUUCCAUCCAAACAUUCCCAGAUAAAUACCAGAUUACAGCUGUUAGCUUCUCCGAUGCAUCAGAUAAGAUCUAUACCGGUGGUAUUGAUAAUGAUGUCAAGGUAUGGGAUUUGCGUAAGGGUGAAGUUAUCAUGACACUUCAAGGUCAUCAAGAUAUGAUUACUGGCAUGCAGUUGAGUCCUGAUGGUUCUUACCUUCUAACUAAUGGCAUGGAUUGCAAGCUCUGCAUUUGGGAUAUGCGCCCAUAUGCCCCCCAAAAUCGCUGUGUAAAGGUGUUGGAAGGGCACCAACACAACUUUGAAAAGAACUUGUUGAAGUGCAAUUGGUCAUCCGAUGGAAGCAAGGUCACAGCAGGGAGUUCGGAUCGAAUGGUUUAUAUAUGGGAUACCACUUCGCGACGCAUCUUGUAUAAGCUUCCUGGGCACAAUGGAUCUGUUAAUGAGUGUGUGUUUCACCCUAACGAACCUAUUAUUGGAUCUUGCAGUAGCGACAAGCAGAUCUAUCUCGGAGAGAUAUGAUGCUAAUGUUUGGAAACUGGCGGAAAUUAGAUGAAUAUGUUGUUCUUUUUGGCAACUGCUUUUAGGGAAUAGUGAAUUUUAGAAAAGCUUAGUCUGCUGUUGUUCCUGUUGGAACAAUUCAGUGUCUGUAUAAUAUUCAGGCAAAACAGUCUCAUUUGUUGCUUCUUAAUAUAACUUGGAAUUUUUGACAUUGAUGCUUGGGAAGAAAAUGGCUCCAACGAUUUAGGCAGCCUUUUGGCUUGAUGCCUAUUUGACAAAAGGAGUGUUAUGUGUCUGUAUAAAGUGUGGAACUCUGCGUUGAUUCUCACUCUGAUUACCACUUGACGGAGUUUGAACCUAAUCUAAGUGGAGAUAAUGUCUUAUGCAACGAUAUAUAAGGUAUGGAAGUUCGCAUCUUAUUUGUA